AUGACGGACCCCAACGACCCGAAUCUCGAAGAAAUCAACGUCGACAUCGAUGUCCAAGAAAUCCUCCUUGCCGCAUCCCAGCAUGACAUCCGCAAGCUGCGCGAGCUGAUUCGGUCGAACACCACGGCCGAGAACCCCGUCAACGUGAAAGAUCCAGAAACGGGAUAUACUCCUCUCCACGCGGCCAUUGCAGCCUGCGAGCCAGACGAUGAUGACACGGCAGGCGCUGCACCCAACGGCGUCCAUACAGACGAUACCGACAAACAGAGUGAACAGGAAAAGCUGAUUCAGGCGGGGAUAGAUACGGUCAAGUUUCUCCUGCAAGAGGGCGCGAUCUGGAAUGACCUGGAUAACAAUAAUGAGACGCCGGGAUGCCUGGCAAGACGGCUCGGGCUGAAAGAACUCUACGAGCUCAUGGUCGACGCUGGCGUGCGGGCAGAAAUGCUUUUCAGUCGUCUGCAAGGGUACGAACGACUUUCAGACGACGAGGGUGACGAUGAAGAAAAAGAGGAGGGUGGCCACGCCACAGAAAAUGAAGCGCAGGAAUCCCAACCAGCACAGACGUCGACUGAGGAAUCCGAAAGAGGAGAAGCAACACCAGCGGCCACGGAAACGGAGCCAGACGUUACCAGCAGUCGCUACCUUCAAUCGCAUCUGAGCUUCCAGAAUGAUCGUCUCUUAGACAACGAUCAGAACGGCGUCAUGAUGGCUUGGGAAUCCGACAUCAUGGCGAAGACAGCCCGCAAGCUCCUCCCUCGUCCCGGCUUGCGCGUGCUGAAUAUCGGUCAUGGCAUGGGUAUCAUCGACGGGUUUUUCCAAGAGCAGUCGCCCAGUGCACACCACAUCGUCGAGGCACAUCCCGAGGUGGUGGCUGAGAUGAAGCGAAAAGGCUGGCACGAGAAGCCUGGUGUCCAGAUCCACGAAGGCCGCUGGCAGGACGUUCUUCCAGCCCUUGUCGAGAAGGGUGAGACCUUCGACGCUAUUUACUACGACACUUUCGCCGAGUCAUACGAGGAUUUCCGGGGAUUUCUCUCCGAGCAGGUGAUCGGGCUGUUGGACCCGGAUGGGCUGUGGGGCUUUUUCAACGGCAUGGGUGCUGACCGGCAGAUCAGCUACGACGUCUAUCAGAAAGUCGUAGAGAUGGAUCUCUUUGAGGCCGGUUUUGACGUUGACUGGGAGGACAUCCCCGUCCCUCCGUUGGAGGGUGAAUGGACGGGGGUCCGACGUCGGUACUGGGUGGUGGAUAACUAUCGCCUGCCUAUAUGCAGUCCUAACCAAAGUAACCCAACUCGUGCCAUGUACGAGGACUCACCUAGCGAAUUGAGAGCUCACAGGCAUAGAAGCCUUUUCCAAUGGGUUCUUGACAGAUCUGUAGAUAAUACCGUUCCUCUAGCUCUCGCUAGACAGUCCUCCCACAGGAGAAUAUAUCUCGAGUCUACGCUUCGUCAGCGCGGUGAGAGUGAGUGGUAUGGCGACGACACCGUUUGGGCCGGCGUCUAG